GCACCCACUGCAGCCAUGGGGGACACUGCCAUCCGCCACAUCGCCCUUCUGGGCUUCGAGAAACGCUUUGUCCCCAGCCAGCACUACGUGUACAUGUUCCUGGUGAAGUGGCAGGACCUGUCAGAGAAGGUGGUUUACCGGCGCUUCACUGAGAUCUAUGAGUUCCACAAAACGCUCAAAGAAAUGUUUCCUAUUGAGGCUGGAGAUAUCAACCCCGAGAGCCGGGUGAUCCCGCACCUCCCAGCCCCCAGGUGGUUUGACGGCCAGCGAGCGGCAGAGAGCCGGCAGGGCGCUCUCUCCGAGUACCUCCACACGCUCCUGGCGCUGCCCACGAAGAUCUCGCGCUGCCCACACCUGCUCAACUUCUUCAAGGUGCGCCCGGAUGACCUGAAGCUGCCCACAGACAGCCAAGCUAAAAAGCCAGAGACGUACCUGAUGCCCAAGGAUGGCCGAGGCAAUGCAGCAGACAUCACAGGCCCCCUCAUCCUACAGACCUACCGCGCCAUCGCCACCUACGAGAAGAGCUCGCCCUCUGAGAUGGCGGUGACCGCGGGCGACGUGGUGGAUGUGGUAGAAAAGAGCGAGAGUGGUUGGUGGUUUUGCCAGACAAAGGCGAGGCGUGGCUGGGUCCCGGCGUCCUUCCUGGAGCCUCUGGACAGCCCAGAUGAGGCAGAAGACCCUGAGCCCAACUAUGCAGGAGAGCCCUACAUUGCCAUCAAAGGCUACACUGCGGUGGAGGAUGAUGAGGUGUCGCUGUCCGAGGGGGACGCCAUCGAGGUCAUUCACAAGCUUCUGGACGGCUGGUGGGUUGUCAGGAAGGAGGACGCCACCGGCUACUUCCCGUCCAUGUACCUGCAGAAGGCGGGGCAGGCCCCGGCGCAGGCCCCGCGCCCCGGCAGGGGCAGAGGCGCCCCGCCUCGCAGAUCCACCAUUCGCAACGCGCAAAGCAUCCACCAGCGGGCACGGAAACGCCUCAGCCAGGACGCCUACCGCCGCAACAGCGUCCGCUUCCUGCAGCAGCGCGGCCGACAGAGCCCGCAGCCGGACCGCGCACCCGGCGGGCGGGGACAAGCAGGCCGGACGGGGCGGGCUCCUGACCCUGGCCUGCCCCCAGAGGCCAGCCCCCAGACGCCGCCGCGCGCGAAGCCGCAGCCCGCCGUCCCCCCGCGGCCCAGCGCCGACCUCAUUCUGCACCGCUGCAGCGAGAGCACCAAGCGAAAACUGGCGCCCGCCAUCUGAGCCCCAGCCGCCCGCUACACAUGCGUGCUUUUAGCAGUCUGGGGGUGCCCGGCAGCUCAGGCCUCUCCCCGCUCAAUAAACGCUGGAG